AUGUUAGCAAAGGCGUGCGCAUGGGGUGUGAAACUUUCUUGUGGUCCACUGAUGUCUGCGAGCAGCCAUUUCGGUUGUUCUUUUAGUAUAGUUUUGUGUAUUUGUGUCUGUGUGCGUGUGUGUGUGUUUUUGUGGGUGGGCGUGCGUGUAUUUUUGUUCUUAUCUGCCGCGGUCUAUUCUGCCAUGCCUUAUCGCUUCCUGCUUGUCGCUGUGUGGUGGCUGCAGUUUGGUGCUUUUUUUCUCAAAUCCAAAGAAGGGGUGCAUAAGGUUAAGGGAAGAGGAAAACGACAGGGACGGCACAUGGCGUCUGUUACGGGUGGCCGGGAGAAGUCGCGCUCUUCAACAGCCCCAUCGUCAUUUGCGGCAUUACGCACCUCCAACCGCCAGAGGAGGGAUGUUAGCGAGAAGCGUCGAGUGAAAGGCAGCAGAACAGUGAGUGGCGAACGGAGAGCGGUGAAAAUGGAGAAUCUCCAAGCUCAGUUGACGUAUCACAAGACGCGUCUCGUGGAGAAGCUUCUUGAUCUUUACGUCCGCGAUGCCCUUUCAAACUCCUUUGAAGAGUUGCGGCGUAAAGAGAGAGAAAGGACCUUCCACAGGGCUCUCACUGCGUCAUUCUCGGAGUGGAGUGCAAGCGGCGAGGGUGGGCGCAAGUACACAGUAGGGCGGUCUCACGCAACUAAUGGCGGACCCACUGCAAAUGUCUCGGAGAUGGAACGGAUGAUACGAGAACGUCUGCGGGAUGAGUACCGCGUGGAUGCUGCGCAUGCUGCAGAGCACUGGUUCACGUCGCCGCAAGAGGAUGGAUUUGUCUUUGUCGUGCUGCGUCGAUUAGUUUCCAUGACGCGGGAGGAGGCACAACAAGAAAUACGGAAAGCCGUAGCGCAGUACGUUGACCCACAUGUGAAGGCGUUUUGGGACCUCAAACGCCUGCAUCGAGUGACGGCUGGAUACAGUCUUUAUGGGAGUGAGCUGAGAAGUGUACAGGAGGCCAUCCACCGCGCCAUUGCAAAGAAGAGGGCGGAGUUGGAGAGAAAUCGUGCCACCAAGACCGAGUUGCAGCGGGCGGAUCGCGUCCAUCGUGUGAAGACGGCUUUUUCCAUGUUGAAAAGAGAUGUGGGGGAUGUCUCCUCUUUGCGCUAUGUUGUGCCGGAGCGUUACGAGGCGCCCCCUGACGUGCAAUUGAAAGAACAACUGCGGAAGCUGCGGGUUCGUGUUCAUCAGCAGCAACUGGAGGAACAGGCGCUGCAGCAACGGUUGGAGUCAAGCCGUGAGGCUGCAAAGAAACGUCUGAAACUACUUCGGGAUGAAGUGGAGGCUAUCCGUCAGAAGAUAUAUCAGGUCGAGCACGAGAUUGCUUCCAAAACCAUUGACAUCGAGGAGCUGCAGGCGGCGUCUGCCAAAGGCUUGGAUGACGGUAGAGAUGCGGACGAUAAUGAUGAUGAUAAAAAGAAGGAGAACAUGGAAACGACGACGACGACGACGAAGUGGAGGAAGAAGAAGAGGGGGAGGAGCCUCUCCUGGGCGGAGCAGACGUUGCAGCUGGAGUUUGAGUUGGCAGAAGCAACAAGAGAUGAACCCGAACUUCAAACAAGAUGUGAAGAACUUCGCCGUCGCUUACAGGCCCUCACGGCGGAGAAGAACAUGUUAGACGCAGAGAUUGCCACAAAUGAGGCGGAACUCACAACAUCUCUUUCGGAGAAGGAGGAGAUUGCACGGAUGCUCACAGCGGGCGUAGAAAAGGCACGGGCAACUGUCCUUCACCUGCGACGUCAGCAAAAUCUUCUGGUGGGGGAGUUGAACUCCAUGCGGGACGUCGUGCUGCAUGGACGCUCCCACGGACUUUUGGCACGCCGAGCCCUUAAGUCACGUUUGCUGGAGACCGCGUCGCAAUUGGCACUGGAGAAACUUUUGCAUGCACGUCUCACGGCGCAAGUGCAGUGGCAGCGGGAGCAGAUUCACCGUGAGCAGCAGGCGAUUUCGACCCUAUCGAAUGUGCCGCAGAGAUCCGCUAAGGAACGGCAGAUGGAGAGCUUUGACCGAGUUGUGACGCUGGCAAAGGAGUUGGCACGAUGGACAAUUGACGAGGGCGACAAGGAGACGACUUCGCUGCGGAACGAAGAUCUCGAGUCCCGCAUUCAGGAUCGUGUUGUGGUGUGUCAUGAUGCCUGCUUGCGGCUCCGUGGUGAGAUCGCAAAAAUGAUCAGCAGCGAGGAAUUGGCACGUCGUGUGGCGCAGCGUCAGCAGGAAUUAUUGGAGCAUCAAUGGAUUGAAUGGAAGGUGCGUCAGGAGGAUCUUCUCGUGGCGGCCGUGGAGCCGUUUCGGUCAGCCACCGUGAAUGCCUCGCCGCUCCCUGUUCCGUUGCCAACAGCGGAGGUUCUCCAUCAUGAGACGCAACGACUGUACGCGGCCCUCUCCCAUAUGCUGCACCGUGAGAGCCGCUGCAAGGCAAUCCUGCAGCUUCUGCAGGGGUACGAGGAUCGGGCGUCAAGCGGGAAUGAAAUUCAACUACUCCCCUUCCGUCCCGCAGGGAAUUUCACGGCGGAUUCCAUCCGUCUUUCUUCUCUACCUUCGGUCGCCACCACCACCACCACCACCAACACUGCGCCCACCGGCACGGUGCAGCCACAGUCCAUCAUACAAAUGCAGAUUUCUCCUGCCGCGGCGCACCGGAAGAUGGUGCUGCAGUUCAUCAAGAACGAAAUUCAGCCAUUGUACGACUCCAACCAAAUCUCGCGCGUUCGUUUUAUGGACGUUGUUGAGCGUGUCUCGCGUUGGUUCCUCACCACGCACCCGUUGCCACAACCCGUCCUUGCAGAGAACGAGCAACAGGCCAUCUGCCAGCAGAUUCAGGCAACAUUGACGUGGCAGGACGAGCAACAAAUAAAGAGGCGUGGUGCAUGA